UACAAAUUUUUCCGUGUCAAUAUUAUUUUUUUCCAAUUGUCCGCACGAAAAUUUGGAAACAAAUUUGUCUGCACGUACAAUAAGAACUAAAACCAUCACGAUGGACGUGGCGCGGACAUAUUCGAUACAUACGCUCUGUCGCAUCUGCCUAAAUCACUUGCAAAAUGAUGCUGCCUACGAUUUGUAUAUGGUGCCAGGUCUGGCGAAAAAACUUUGCCUCUGUACGUCACUAUCUGUGGAGCAGAACGAUGGCUUUCCUAAGAAUCUGUGCACUAGUUGCUAUACGCGGCUUAAUGAUAUGCAUGACUUUCAAAAGCUUUGCGUGGAUUCUGUGCUAAAGUUUCAGGACAUGGUGGCCAGCAACAUAUUUACUUGCCCCACAAACUUUGAUGUGCUAGAUCCCAUUGCGGCAACCGCUGAUAUGCCCAAUGAAGAUGAGGAUCAUAUUAACUUUGAUCCGUUGCUGAAUCAUAAAAUGGAAUUAAUUGAAAACGAAGAGGAUGUGUUUAAAAUGCUUGAGGAUGUGGACAAAGAAGCGGAAGAAGUCGAAAAGGAGGUAAAGCAGGACUGUGAAAUUAUUGAAGCCAGUAUUUCGAAAAUGUUCAAUGACAACGAUUCAUCCGACGAGAGCAGCAACGACAAUGAGCGCGAUAUGGAUUUUGAGCCCAAUAGCAGUGACGAUGAUAUGCCUCUGGCCCAACGCAUGCGUAGCAAGACCAAGAGCACCAAAACAGUCGCAAAGCCGAAGCCCAAGAAAAAAAUAGAGGAGUAUGAUGACGAUGACUUUACCACAGAUACAUCUUCAUCUGACUAUGACGAUGAUGAUCCGAACCGCCCAGACAAGCCGAAACGCAAGCGUAUACCCGCUGCGGAACGUCAUCUACAUCGCAUCAUUGACUGCCACAUCUGUCAUCAGAAGUUCAAGAAAGCCAUACGCUACGAGGAGCACAUGAAAUACCACAACGAUCUGUUGCCCUUCCAGUGCAAGGUGGAGUCAUGCAGGAAGGGCUUCACUACGGCCAAUGGUCUACGCAUACAUGUCGAUCAUGCACACACCGAACUCUCCGAGGUGCACCCCUGUAGUUUCGAAGGCUGCGGCAAGACAUUCCCGCGCAUACGUUUGCUCACCUUUCACAUGAAGAAGGCGCAUAACAUUUCCAAGUCUGCCGCUCCUUUGCGCGACUUCCCCUGCACCGAAUGCGAUACCGUAUUCCGUUGUCCGACGGCACUUAAGAAGCAUAUGUAUAAGCACACCGGCGAGGAGCUGCCCUAUCCUUGCAACAUCUGCGGCAAACGCUUUGUGAUCAACAGCGCUCUACGGGAUCACUUGAUGCGACAUGCUGGCAUUAAGAAUCAUGUAUGUCCCUACUGCGGCGUUGGCAAAACAACGCGCCAGGAGUGGAAUGCCCAUAUCUUGACACACACCAAGGAGAAGAAGUUUAAGUGCCGCCAGUGCGAUCAUGCCUCUCACAACAAGCAGGCACUCUCCAACCACGUCAAGGUGGUGCAUAUGAAGAUCAAGAACUUUGCUUGCCAGUAUUGCGGCAAGACCUUUGGCAAGUCGCAUGCCUGCAAGGUGCAUGAGCGAACCCAUACGGGUGAGAAGUGCUGCGAGUGCAAGAUCUGUGGACGCAUUUUCCUCUGCGAGAAGAGUCUAACCAAGCAUUUGAAGACGCAUGAAAAACGCGACUUGCCGCCUGUGGAUCAUCGGCCAAUCAACAUUCCGGGAGUACCAGGAUUUGUGCCCAAUGCUGCCCAUAUGCAGGCCGAUGGACAAAUGCACCCCAACGCUGCAGACGAAUUGAUGAAGGCAUGUGACGGCGGGCCCGCUACAUCCUCAGCAACUGCAGCAGCAGCAACAGUUGCUGCCAAGCCGAAAAAUUCACGUCGUGUGCAACGUGUGGAUAUAUCGCAGCUGGCAGGCACUGCUGUAAAUCCCAUACCAUCGGUAUCGGUGCCAUCAUGGUCACCGCAGGUUAACUUUACCAAGAAAGAAGGUCAACACAUUUGUCCUGGUUGCGGCCGUGGCUUCAACAACAUUGGCAACAUGAAGCUCCACUACAAGAUAAUACACGAGAAGGUUAAGGAUUUCGCCUGUCGCUUCUGUCCCAAGCGCUUCUCCAAGGCUCAGAUAUUGCGCCAUCACGAGUGGAUACACACUGGGGAGAAGCCAUUCGAGUGCAAGAUUUGUGGAAAGCAUUUCCGCCAAGAGACGGCGCUUAAGAAACACAUUAAGACACACGACAAGCCCUCAAGGCGCAACUAUACCGUAGAGAAGGUUAUUGAGCCGCCGUUUCAAAAAACCGAACCGCGAGAGAUCGAUAUACGGGAGCACAGGAACUAUGAACAAUAUCAGGAUCCGGCUGCCGAGCGUGCUGCUGCCACUGCCGAGCUGCUGGCUCAUCAGAUUGAGGAGAACGAGUCCAAACGCAAGGCCGAAGCUGAGCGACGCAAGAUCCAGGAAGCCGCCUGCGAGCAGCUGAACAAAUUACAAAAGCAGCAGGAGAUUGAGAAGGCACAGUCAUCUUAUGAUGGCUACUAUGCACAAAAGGCUCAAGCUGAAGGCCUUAGCGUCGAUGCUCUCAAGAUUGAUCACGUUUUUUUACAGUUCGCCUCAUUUUUUAAGAACUAAAAGCCCUCGAAUUGCGGUCUAUGCAAUGAAUUUUAUCACAAUAUUAUUUUGGAUCAUAUUCAUUUAUUAAUUUAACAUACAUUUAUUUCUGUUGUCUAUGUACUGCAU